GACUGUGCUGUUGUGUUGUGUGUGUUUUGGUUUUCGUGUGAGAGAACAACAACAACAACGCCACACACACGCACGCACGCACACUCACAUCGACAUCGACAUCGACAACAAGGUCGCCAAGCAGCCAGGAACAAGGGAAGCUGACAAGCAAGCAAGCGAGCAAGAGCGAGCGAGCGACAAGCGACGAGCAAGCAUCCCUCAUUGACUCGAUUCCCUCUUGCUUGGCACCUUUUUGCUGGAGUGGAUUAGGCAUGCCCACCCAGCCCCAGCCAUUGCAGCUUCACCCACACCAACAACCACAUGACGAUGUGUUCCACGACGACCACCACACUCCCGUCCACCCACAGCCACAACCACAGGCACAACAGCGGCGGCAGCAGCAGCAGGUGCUGACGGCAGCGCCGCCCAAGGCCUCCUCAGCUAGCCUUGCUGUUGAUCGCCGCGCACAAAUGCCGCUGCGCUCAGAGCAGCGACGGAGGCGGCACCUCAGCAGCGGCAGCGCAACCACCUCCGCUGCUGGUGUGGCGGCUGUUGUGCCCGCUGUUGCUCGCGUGCGUGCGCUGUCUGCGUCGACCCUCGACAGCGUGUCCUCGCCAACCCCAAGCAACACGUCGCAAGCUGAAACGGAAUGGGAGGGCAGCCGCAGCGAAGGCGAGGAGCACUCUGACGAGCAAUCGCAGCCGCAGGAAGUGAAAGCGUGGGUCGACUCAAGCACGCACCCAUCCCAUCAGCACAACCAGGUCUUCCAGCAAACAACACCAAUCCUGCACCCCUCGGCACCGCUCCUCACCCAUCACAGCCAACAGCAGCCACAGCAGCAGCAGGAGCAGCAGCAGCAGCCGAAGCCGACGAAGCGGCGGCUGACCCUGACUUUCGAGACGUGCGCCGACCCCGUGUUUGCAGACGAUCCACCACACCAAAGCGGAGCGCCCCGCAAGGUUGGCCGCCUGUCGCACGCCCUGGCCGCCGCCCUGGCCCACGACGAUGCGCGUACGCGGCGCAUGCGGUCUGCGUCGACGUCGGUGCUGGAGACGCGUGGCCGCCGCGCCCGCCGCUCCCUGUCGUCGUAUCCGAAGAGCAUGGAGGAGGAUGCGCGGCGGUGCAACAUGGACGUGGAUGUGUUUGAGGAGGUGCUUGACUACGACCGCGCGCGGUUCAAGGCGUUUCUCGGCCCGCUGCCACAGGCGCAGCAGCAGGUGCUCAAGCGCGCCCGCAGGAAGAAGCAGAACGCCCGCAGCCAGCAGCGGAAGCGGCGGGAGGAGCAGGGGCGUGUUGACCGUCUCAAGGCGGAGGUGGCGCGGUUGGAACUGGAACUCGACAUACUGCGCAGUCUCCUGCCCGGGCCCUCGUGUCCCUGGAACAUCCAUGACCGAUACGGCCUCCUCGACGCAGAUGCACGCGACCACAAGCCCACUGGUGGUGCUGGCAGCGGUGUUGGUGGUGAUGGUGGCAGUGGUGGUCACCACGUGCGGGACCGACUGCAGAGUGCGCCGAGCGCUGUCCGCGUUGCCGGCAGCAGGCGACGUGGUGGUGCCAGUAGUGGUGGUGGUGGUGGUGUUGCCAGUGGUGGCGGUGUGGAGCAGGCCACUGCGUCUGUCAGGUGAUUGGCAUGGUAUUACACACGCAGGGGUGUGUGGUACGGUAUGGACGCUUCAUGACUUGGAUGGACUUUGGUGUGAUGGGCCCGCUUAUUGAGACCUGUAGUAGCUUUCAUGCGAUGAUGAUGAUGAUGAUGGUGGUGGUGGUGAUGGUGAUGUGGUUUGAUGUUCUUUUUUUCCUAUCUCGAUACCAUUUUGGUUUAGUUGUUCUGCUUGCUCGUUGCAUCUGCCUUGCUCCCUGUCCCUACAGUUGACUUAUUGCCUCUUUUUGAUCAAUGUUGUGUGAGUGUGUGAGCGUGAGUGUGUGUGAGUGAUUGAGUGAGUGUGUGAGUGUGAUUGAGUGAGUGAUUGAGUGAGUGAGUGAGUGUGUGUGUGUCAUCCGUGCGCCGCGCUGGUUGCGUGUGUAUGGGUGAGAUGUACUCGUGUGCAUGUGUUGGUUGUCGUCUCUGCGCUGUGUUAUCCUCUUUUUUUUUUCCCCUUGAGCAUCUUGGAUUCACUCUUCUCUCGGCUUAAUGACGAUCUCUCUUCCUGCAUACGUAAUAGUAGACGCUUUUAUCACCAA